AUAUAAACGGAAUUAAAAAACAAAAAUGUCUGGAAAAUGUAUGUAAAUAUUGUACAUACUGUUUUGACGAAAACAAAUUAUAAAAAAAAAUAUCAAAUCAGCGUAUCCCAUUGCGUGUACCAUAUGAUGUAAUUUUUUUACUGCGUUAAAUUGACGAAAUCAUAAUUAUUAUAAGUGACAAAAGAGGUAAACAUGUCGAUACCACCUAUAAAUUAUUCUGUGCCUCCGCCGAGUCUAAAUAUGCCACCGCCGGUGUCGCCUCACCACGUAUCACCUGCCACCUCUAACCCGAACUUUUACAAUCAUCCUCCCCCUCUGUAUCAUAUGCCCGCGCUGCAACACGCAGAUCAAUCACCUUACGUUGCCAUGGCUUCGUUACCCCAGUUCGACGUUCCUCCACACGUGUAUCCUGCAUACUCAGAUCCUUUGGACGUAUCUCAACCCACGCCACACUACUACCCUCCACCGGUAUCCAACGAAUACAUGUAUCAAAACCCUGAGGAUUAUAAAAAUCAAGACCCACAAUGGUAUAAUUCAAGUGGCAUUGACAAUGGCGAUCUUAUGGCCGCACCGAGCACCUCCAAGUGUAUUCCACGUAUAAACGAAAGGUCAUCCUCAACUGAACGGUAUAGAUAUCAAUACAGUUCAAAGGAAUAUUUGUCAAAACACAGAUAUUCACCUGGAAGAAGCCAUAGCUAUGAGUACCGUGACUACAGGGACCAUGACAGAUAUAGAGAUAGGGAAAGGGAAUUUGACGGAGAGGGGAGAAGAGACAGAUACCGAGAAAUUGAGAGAGAGAGAAGAAGGGACAGGGAUAGAGAAAUGGAAAGGGACAGAAGUAGGGAUUAUAGAUAUAGGAGUCGCAGUCCCACCUAUCACAGCCAUCAUGGAAGAAGUCCAUCACGAUCCAGCACCAGGGAUCGUGAAGCUUAUUAUAGGGAGAAAGAGAGUAAAGAAAAAGAAGAAUAUGAGAGGAGGAGAUAUGAGUAUGAACGCUAUCGAAGUAUGUCUCGUUAUAGCAGCUACCGAAGUCACAGUAGGAGUUGUGAUUCCCGUGCUUCAGUUAGACCUCGUCGGUCACGAAGUCGAAACAAGCGAUCUUGUAGCAGAGAAUCAUAUAGGCCCAGUCGUACAAGAGAAAUGUCACAUUAUUCUCACAAGAAUGUACCACCAAAACCUAUGUCUGACCGAGAAAAAAUUUUAGAAGAAUAUAGAAAGAACUACUGUCAAACUUCUGAAGACUUUAUACAGAAGAUGGAGCAAUGGUCAAAGGAGCACAGUGUUGAAGAGGAAGAGGGACCAAAGAUGUGGUACAGAAGCUCUCCAGCCGAGCUGUAUUAUAAACCAGUAGAAGGUGGCACUGGUGUACAGCAAACAUCAAAACUGGAAAAACUUUGUGAAAAAUUUUACACAAAACUUAUUGAGAGGGGACGUAAUGCACGACCAGAAGUUGAUGAAUUACCUCCUUUAAAAACACCUAAGGCUAAAACUUGUAUGCACACAAAUUCACAGGAUGACAAAAAGAUGACAUCAUCUUCAUCAUAUUUGGAUGAAGAAGGUUUUGAAGGGUUUACCGACAGGAUCAUGCUGGAGUUACAAAGGAAACAGAGUCAUCCGAGACGGUUACAUCCUGAGAUGUGGUUUAAUAGUACAGGAGAGAUGAAUGGCGGACCGUUGUGUCGAUGCAGUGCUAAAGCGAGGCGUUACGGCAUGCGACAUGGAGUGUACGCUGGGGAGGAAACCUUCCCCAAAUGUAAUCCUUUGCAGAAUAAUAUUGAUAAGCUAUAUCAUUACAGAAUAACCGUAUCGCCGCCCACAAAUUUCCUGAUCAAAGCGCCAACUAUCAUAGGGCAUGACGAGCAUGAGUUCCUAUUCUCUGGUUUCUCGAUGUUCUCACACUACAAGCUCGCUAAGCUGCCGAUGUGCAAAGUGAUCAGGUUUAACAUAGAAUACACCAUUCUGUAUGUGGAGGAACCAGCGCCGCAGAAUUUCACCAUAAAAGAAUUGGAUUUGUUUGAGGAAUUCCUGUUCUAUGAAUUACUGGAGUUGGUAGAUUUAGAUUUGGGAAAAGCGACGGAUACAACUUGUUCACAAUUCCAUUUCCUGCCGAGAUUCGUAAGGUAUUUACCAGAAGGUGGAUGUGAGGUACUGUCCAUGUGCGAAGUUAUAAAAUAUUUAAUAGACGAGAGUGGUUUGUUGAUACCGCCGGAGACAUUGUCGGACGUCCACGAAAUGGAUCAUUACACGUGGCAAAAGUUUGUCGACAGGAUAAAAGGUAUGAUAGUUACCUACCCGGGAAAGAAGCCGUGUUCCGUCCGCGUCGAUCAGCUAGACCGCAGCCCGCCGACGGGCGAGUCCAAACAUACCAAAGAGACGAAGAAAUUUUAUCCUGAAAUUGUACAUUUUGGUAUAAGACCGCCGCAAUUGAGUUACGCUGGCAACCCAGAAUAUCAAAGAGCGUGGCGGUAUUACGUGAAGUAUAGACAUUUGAUCGCAAACAUGGCAAAACCGUCUUUCAAUGAGCGACAGAAACUCGCCGCGAAAGAGGCGCAAUUACAAGAGAUAAGGAUGCAGAACAAAAUGAAACGUGACGUCACGGUCGCUAUGUCGUCUGAGGGAUUCCAUACUACUGGCUUGAUGUGUGAUGUUGUGCAGCACGCCAUGCUCAUUCCGGUUUUGGUACGUCACCUCCGUUUCCAUAAAUCCUUGAACACACUAGAGGAGAAAAUUGGUUAUGUGUUCAAACAACGUGCUUUACUACAAACGGCAUUAACUCAUCCCUCCUAUAGGGAGAAUUUUGGCACAAAUCCCGAUCAUGCAAGGAAUAGUCUUACUAAUUGUGGUAUUAGACAACCGGAGUAUGGCGAUAGAAGGAUACAUUAUACGAGAAAGAAAGGUAUCGUGACACUAAUCAACAUAAUGUCACGUUUCGGUAAAAACAGAGAGACUGAAUCCGAAAUGAAACACAACGAGCGUUUGGAGUUCCUCGGAGACGCUGUUGUGGAGUUCCUCUCGUCAAUACAUUUGUUCAAAAUGUUCCCUGGACUAGCUGAAGGCGGUUUGGCGACUUACAGAGCUGCUAUAGUACAGAAUCAACACUUAGCACAGCUGGCAAGGAACAUCGAGCUGGAGCAGUUCAUGCUGUACGCCCACGGGUCGGACCUGUGCCGCGACGUGGUGAUGCGCCACGCCAUGGCCAACAGCUUCGAGGCACUCAUGGGCGCGCUCUUCCUCGACGCAGGACUGCAGGUUGCAGACAGAGUAUUUUCCCUUGCUCUGUGGUACAACGAGCCGAUGUUACACGAGGCGUGGACAAAGGAGCGCUUGCACCCGCUGCAAGAGCAAGAGCCUCUCGGCGACAGGAAAUACAUCAAGGACUUUGAGUUUCUACAGCGGCUUACUGAGUUUGAAGAUUCAAUCGGCGUGCAGUUCAAGCACAUCCGGCUGCUGGCGCGUGCGUUCACGGACCGCUCGGUGGGGUUCACGCACCUCACGCUCGGCUCCAACCAGCGCCUCGAGUUCCUCGGCGACACCGUGCUGCAGCUCGUCGUCUCCGACAGGCUCUACCGACACUUCCCCGACCACCACGAGGGACACUUGUCGUUGUUACGUUCGUCUCUUGUGAACAACCGCACGCAGUCGAUGGUGUGCGACGACCUGAACAUGUCCGCGUACGCGAUAUACAACAACCCCAAAGCCAAGCCCACGACGAAAAAACACAAGGCGGAUUUGUUAGAAGCGUUCCUUGGAGCUUUGUUUAUUGACAAGAACCUAGAAUACUGUCAGGCGUUCUGCAACGCUUGCCUAUUCCCGCGUCUGCAAGAGUUCAUCAUGAAUCAAGAUUGGAACGAUCCCAAGUCCAAGUUGCAGCAGUGUUGCCUCACGCUGCGUUCCGUUGAAGGCGGCGAACCCGACAUACCAGUUUACAAAGUCAUCGAGUGCCUCGGACCCACCAACACGCGCGUCUACACCGUCGGCGUGUACUUCCGCGGCGCGCGCCUCGCCGCCGCGCGCGGACACUCCAUACAGGAGGCCGAGAUGAACGCCGCCGAGCAGGCGCUCAACUCCUCGCACGAACUGUUCCCACAAUUGGAUCACCAGAAGAGAUUGAUAGCAAAGAGUUUAAAAAAGAAAAACCGUCGCGGCAAAGGGCAUGAGAGUCCUAACUCGGAACGAAGUGCACUAAAACGAAAACGUCUUGAGGAGAAAGUUCCCAAAGCCUACCGACUCGAUAAACAAGAUGAGCAAUCUGAGGAAAGCAGUGAGCACGAACUGUCGCAGGACGAAGCCAAAAGUGUUGGAAAUGGAGAUAGUUCUGACGAAGACUCCGGUCUCGAUAGUGACACCAAGUCUGUGUCGUAUGAAGAAUUGGAAAACGUACAAGUUAGCAGUUUGCUGAGCGACAUGGAAAAAAUGAAGGAAGAUUUCAUUCGGAGGAAUGAGUAUGAGAAACUGAAAGAGAAAUGUCGCCGGUCGGAUUCGGAUGAUGAUUAGAUUAAUAGCAGGCUGUGUAUUAUCGUGCUUUGAAAACAUAUUCUCAUAAAUCUUUAGAUUCUGCGACUUAUGUAGUCCAUGUUUCUUAAGGUGUUACCACGUAUGUGUUAUAUCAUCAUAUACAAGGUCAUUUAGGUAUUGCGUUGAUAAAUGAAACCAAAUAUUCAUCUUUACUUCUGCUAACGAAUGUUUUCGCUAAAAUUGCCGAUUUACUUUCUGAUUUUUGCACAAUCUACAUUAGUGCGAAUAUGAUGCCCGCGUCAGUGUUUCGCUGACAAAAUGUGAUGCUGCCUCUCCGACGACUUCUCUCGGAGUAGUAGUAGUGGCAUUAGGACGUCGAAAGUUAAAAUUAUGUACUUUUUAUUAAUAUUUAUUUUCUUCAAAACUUACACUUUUUCACUAUACAUCUAUGGUUACAGUACCUUAUUGUAAAGUGAUAUUUUCAAUAAGAGGAGUAUGUGCUUUCAUUUAAUAACACAAAGUCAAGAUGACACCCUGUAUUGGGUGGUAUAACAUUCAACAUUUUAAUUACAUUUUGUUAAAAAAAAGGUUUUGAUGUUAACUACUCCUACAUAAGUAAAAAACACAUAACAAAUUAUGUAUUAUAGUAUAACAUAUUUUACAUUUCAUGACAGUAUAAAACGUGAUUUUGGGUGCACGUACCGAGGAGGUACGUGCUAACCUAAAUGGAAGCGGCAUUCGUUUAAAGCAAGCUUUAUUUUUUUUAUAAAUAAAAACAAAAUCGCCCUUACUGUAUGCCCGCUGUCGUCCGGUUAAAAAUUAUUUGACAUAAAAUAUAAUUUGCUAUUGUGUAGCAUUUUUUUAUAAAUACAAUAAAUAGCAACAUGAUUGUGCUGAAGAAUAACUUUUUUUAAUAGAUUGUGAUAAAAUGUUGCAUAACAAAUGUUUCAAAACACCUUACGUGACUCCUUUAGGUUUAUGUAAUUAAUCCAAUUAUUUAAGAAAACCAAUAAAAGUGAUGAAUUUUA